CUCCCGUGCAUACUGGUCGUAAGCGCCACCUUCACAAUCUCGACAAGUUCGAGUCUCGAGUCUCUUCGGUCCCAUCACGACCCCAUGACUCUGCGCGCUCCUAACCCCACCUCAACGCCCACCCCUCCCAUCACCCGACCUCCUCGUCCCCCACGCCUGCUUCCAAUGUCCAUGCUCGCCUCCUCCUCCAUCCCCUUACCGGCCGUUCUUCGUGUUUUAGCCCGCCCCGCAGCUCGUACUCUAAGACACGAGGCCUCAACGAUGACGCACCAGGAUCCACCGUGACCGACUCGCAGGCAGCAAUUUUCAGCGUUAUCAACACAGCCAUCCGCUAUCCACCAUCAUCUCCUCUUUCGUCUUGGCGCGGUCUCAUUGUCUUGUCCUCAGUUUUGCUCACGAUCGCCUUCUCGUCUCCGACUCUCUCAGGUUCCCCGCUCGCUUCUAUCUAUCUGUCCUUACACUACGCCUGCAGUGCUCCGUCCCUUUCU